CGCAGUGAUAGAGAGGAGGCGAGAGUAGGGCCAGCGCAGGUGAGGUUGCAGAGGCUGUUGCUGCGGUGGCAGUGACUGACUGGAGGAGCGAGUACCUGAGCGGCGCUGUGAUCAGCUGCAGGGGGAAGGUGGCCGGCCGGCCGGGCGGUGCAAGGGGCUGCUACAGCCACUCUCUACUCAGCCGCCGCUUCUGCAACAACAAGCCACCAGCAGCAGCAGCAGUCUGCAGGUUCCACAACCCCGCAUCCCAUUGCAAUGGCUUCCGGACUGUUGAUCAGUGAUGAUGAAAAGGGUUACGACCCAGAGCUGUUUUGUAUCCCGAAGCACUAUGAAGAAGACCUGGAAAGAGUUUUCAUUCCUCACGGGCUUAUUAUGGAUCGGACAGAGCGCUUGGCCAGAGAUAUAAUGAAGGACAUGGGAGGCGACCACAUUGUGGUCCUCUGCGUACUGAAGGGGGGCUACAAGUUCUUUGCGGAUCUUUUGGACUACAUCAAGGCUCUGAACAGGAACCAUGAAGAGUCACUCCCGAUGACCAUUGAUUUCAUCAGGUUGAAGAGUUACCAUAAUGAUCAAACUGCAGAAGUGAAAGUUAUUGGUGGAGAUGACCUGUCUACAUUGGCUGGAAAGAACAUCUUGAUCGUUGAAGACAUUGUAGAAACUGGGAGAACGAUGAAGAAGCUUCUUAAACUUCUGGAGGGCCACAAGCCCCAAAUGGUCAAAGUGGCAAGCUUAUUGUUGAAACGGACACCUCGGAGCUCAGGAUACAGACCUGACUUUGUAGGAUUUGAAAUUCCAGAUAGGUUUGUGGUGGGAUAUGCCCUUGAUUACAAUGAACAUUUCCGGGAUUUGAACCACAUUUGUGUGAUCAGUGAUAAAGGCCGACAGAAGUACAAAGUCUGAAGAAAGGAUGGAUUCCCUCGCAAUAACGGGAAGAUUCUGGUGGAGAAUCGAUCACUGUAGAAUCCUCAAUGUCCUCACCCUCCCAAUCAAUUUAUUUAUCGGCAAUGAAUGUGGGCAAAAUGUUCCAUCUGAAGAUGUACAUAGCUGCAAAUAAUUCAGAUUAUUUCACUAUUUUUGUAUUGUGUCUGAGGGAAAUGGCUUAAAGUUUUAUAUUUCAAACAUCCUGUAAAAAAAACUUUUCUUUGGCCCUUCUGGAAGUGGUGAGAAAGAGCAAGAAAUAUUUUUGUAUUUAAAAUGUUGCCUGUGCGUGGGGAACGAUGGCCCGAGGUUACUGGAGGCAAGUGGCGGUGGAUGUUGCUGUCUUACAGCAUCAGGACCCGGGUUCAAUCCUGACUACGGGCACUGUCUGUAUGGGGUUUAUAUUUUCUCCCUGUGACCACGUGGGUUUUCCCCAGGUGCUCUUGUUUCCUCCCACACGCCAAGGUUUCUUACAGGUUUGUAGGUUAAUUUGGGUUCGGUAAAAGUUGUCCCUAGUGUGUAGGAUAGUGCUAGUGUACGGGGUUUGCUGGUCGGCGUGGGCCGGAAGGCCUGUUUCCAUGUUGUAUCGCUAAACAAAACUAAACAGUCUGAAGAAGGGUCUCAACCCAAAAUGUCAUCCAUUCCUUUUUUUCCAGAGAUGCUGCCUGUCCCGCUGUGUUACUCCAGCAUUUUGUGUCUACCUGAAACUAAACUAAUCUCAUCCCCAGAACCAAAACUGUAUCUCCAACCAGUUUGGAUCCUUGAUUGUCUAUUCCCAUGUAUGUCCAAUCCAUCAUCAACUUUUCCAACAUGAAGACUCCUUUCAACAUAGAACCCAGGAAAAUGAGGACAGAAAUUGGCCAACAGGGACCUCAAGCCUGCCCAGCCAUUUAAUGUGAUCAUGGCCGGUCUAUGCUGGCCUCAACAUCUGUGCCAGAUCCCCGUAACCCUCAAUUCCAAACCUUUGUCCAUCGUCACCUUAAAUAUAUCUAAUGAACUGCUUCAACCAUUCUUAGGAGCAGAGUUCCAGAGAUUCACUGCCUGUCGUGAGAAGAAAUUUAGAAUAUUGUAACCUGGUGCCAAGGCGACAAUCUUUCUCUCAAUGUCAGCAAGACAAAGGAGAUUGUGAUUGACCUGAGGAAGCAAAGCAGUACACGUACCCCAGUUUCCAUUGACGGCGCAAAGUGGAGAUGGUUGAAAGUUUCAAGUUCUUGGGAGUAAAUAUCACCAGCAAUUUGAUCUGGACUAGCCAUAUCGAAGCAAUGGCCAUGAAAGCACACCAAUGCCUCUAUUUCCAUAGAAAGGUUACGAAGUUCAGCAUUUCCCCAACAUUGGCCAUUGCAAAUUGUCCCUGGUGGGUAGCAGAGUGGUAGGUUCUGGGAGGAGUUGAUGAAUAUCUAGGGGGAAUAAAAAAUGGGUUGAUGUAGGGUUAGUGGUUAAUGGUCAACAUAGACUCAAUGGGCCGAAGGGCCUGCUUCUCUGCUGCGAAACUCCAGACUAAAUAUGCCAAAUAAAGCAUUGCUUCUGUUUUGGUGUCACGACCAAUGUGCAAAUUUCAAGCAUGAUGUAGGUGUUCUAGCUGAUCUUACUGAAAGCAACAUCAAUGCAAAGAAUGAUGCUUAACCAAAGAAUCAAGGUUCCUCGACUGGGCAAGGUGCAGAGAAGAUUUACAAGGAAUGGUAAGAGAACAGAACCUCCUAAAAAAUGUGAAUGUGUAAUUUUCACAGGAAGUCACUGAUAUCAGACAGACUUUGCAUAAGUCUGUAGAGAUACAGCGUGGAAACAGGCUUUUUGGCCCACCGAGUCCAUGUUGACCAGCGAUCACCUCGUACACUUGCACUGUCCUACGCACUAGAGAAAAUUUACAAUUUUACUGAACCCAAUUAAUCUACAAACCUGCAGGUCUUUGGAAUAUGGGAGGAAACCGGAACACCCGGAGAAAACCCACAUGGUCACAAUGACAACGUACAAUCUCCGUACAGACAGCACCGGUAGUCAGGAUCAAACUUGGGUCUGAUGCUGUAGACAGCAACUCUACCGCUGUGCCGCCGUGUGCAGUCGUAUUUAACUGAAACCUAAACUCUAUUUGCAUAUUUUUGAGGAUGCACAUCACAUCCAGAAACACAUACUGAAUCCUAGUUGAAAAGUUGCCGUGGUGACGUGGCGGAUGAGACGUGAGGGACUUAUCUGAUCUUGAUCCUUUGUCCCCAUGAAAGGUGAAACAUUGCUGUUUGUGGGAUCUUGCUGUGUGUGAAUCGGCUGCUGGGAUUUGCCCAUUGAUGAUAGGGCAUUCACAGCACUUCAACCAUGAAGUGCUUCAGGAAAUACCAGAGGGUGAUGGCACAGUGGUGCAGUUGAUAGAGCUGCUGCUCCAUAGCGCCAAAGACCGGGUUUGAUCUUGACCUCGGGUGCUGUAGGUGUGGAGUUUGCAUGUUCUCCCCGUGACUGCAUGUGUUUCCUCCGGGUGCUCCAGUUUCCUCCCAUAUCCCAACGUUCUGUGGGUUUGUAGGUUAAUUAACUCCCUGGUGUCUAGGGAGUGGAUGAGAAAGAUGGAAAACAUAAAACAAGUGUGAAUGGGUGUUUGAUGGGUGGUGUGGACUCAGUGGGCCGAAUGGCCUGUUUCACUAAACUAAACUAAAAGACAGGAGCAUCAUGAAUCCAAUUGUACCAAACAAAUGUUAUGAAUCAUUACACAACUGUAAAUCCCCUCCAACCCAGGAAACGCUUGUAUGCCAAAUGCUGGAGUAAUUCUGUGGGUCAGGCAUUGUCCCUGGUUAAUGUGGAUAGGUGACGUUUCAGGUCGACACCCUCAAAGUGUUACUUAGCCAUGUUCUCCAGAGAUGGUGCCUAACUCGAUGAAUUACUCCAGCACUUUGUGUGUGUGUGUCUUUGGUAUAAACCAGUAUUCACAGUUCCUUGGUAUAAACAAUUGUACAUUGUUCUAUUCCCUUUGCUAAUGUUGCUUUGUUACUUUGGCUGCCUUUUAGAAAUAUUUGUAGAGGGUGUAAUAUUCAUCAGCAUGUUCUAUAUCACUGCAUGUAUUUAAACUGCUCAAAUGCUUUCACGCGCAGACCAACUUUUUAAUGAGACAUAGCAAGCUAUGAUUCUGUUUCCAUUGAAUAUUGCACACUGAGCAUUCAAAUUAGGAAUGCACCAAAGUAAUGCCAUUAUGUACCUCCGUAGUACAUUUUUGAUCAUGUAUGCUAUUUCGAUGUCGGCAUAGAAUUGUGAACUAAUAAUGUAUUAUUUUUAUUAAAGUAUGUUAAUGAACAGAAAUGAAUGCAUCUGCAAUAAAACCAUACAACAGA